AUGUAUACAGAAUGUAAUAUUGUGUUUUUUUCUUUACAGGCAGUCAGUGGUCUUGUAGAUCCAGCAGAAGCAAAAAAUGAAAGGAAUAGUGAAACAGAGUCCCAGACUAAUGAGGAUUCAUCAGACACGCAAAUAAGUGGUUUGAAUAUAGGAAACCUAAAUCAUACAACAAUACAUGGUUCUUCAGAAAGUAUUUCGUCUAAACCAUCUGGAAAACAACACACUAAUGGAGCAAUUGAAAAAGGAAUGAGUCUUACCAAACAAAGUGCAACGCAGAAAAUUGCAACAUCAUCUGGAAUGUUGCAGAAAUCAUUUAGCAGUGACAGUAAAAUGCUGUCAGCUGUUGGAUUAGACAGUAGACCUAGCACCCCAAAAGAUAAGGACUCUAGUAUAGGUAUUACAAAUAAAGGAGAUACAACACCAAACUCAUUGAAGCAUAAACUUACUAAUAGCAGUAACAGCUCUGUUAAGAAAAAUAAUAACAAAAAAGCGAGACACAGAUAA